AUGGAAUCAAAAUCGUUGACAAUAACUCAUAAAAUAUUGAAUGAAGAAGCUAACCAAACAAUGAUUGAUAUUGAGCUAUUAGCAAGAAAAGUCUACAAUGGUUCAAUAGUUCUAUCAUCUGACGUACUUAUUCGAUGGUAUCGAUGUAAUCCUUCAAUGUGGUGGAUAGCUAAAGAUAAUAAUAUUAUUAUUGGUUAUAUCUGUGCAAUACCACUUAAACAUGAUGCUUUCAUUAAAACUCUUCAAGCUGAUUUCGAUGAAUUAACUGAUAUAAAUGAUGAUGAUAUUAGAUUAUGGAAUGAUCAAUAUGAUGAAAAUUAUUCUUUAUAUAUAUGUUCAAUUGUUGUUCAUCCUGAAUAUCAAAAACGUUCGAAUGUAUCGAUUUUUCGUUUAAUAGUUGAAAAUUUCUUCGAAACAAUAUUAUUCUAUGGAGAAAAUCAAUCUAUUGUUCGAGAAUUAUCAGCAGUUGCAGUAAGCAAAGUUGGAUGUCAUAUUUUAGAACAUUAUUUUGAUUUAAAAUUUUUAAUUAAUGAUAAUCAUAAUAACAGUAUAUUCUAUGGAAAAACAAAUAAUCAACAUCAACAAGAACUUUUACAAAGAAUACGAAGAAAAUUAAAAUAA